AUGGUGAACGUUUUGACAAUGUACAUGCCAUUGUUGCGUGGCCUAAUGAAGCUAGUCGGAGUGAGGCCUCAGGCAGUAGAGAUUGAGCCAGGGACCGUACUGCGCUUUUGGGUCCCAAGUGAUGAUCAAACCACCAGCAACACCAAGAACAAACCAAAUAAACCUGCCGUGGUGUUUGUUCAUGGUUUUGAACUAGAUGGGAUUCUAACAUGGCAAUUUCAAGUGCUAGCUUUGGCCAGAGAGUAUGCAGUUUACGUGCCCGAUUUACUCUUCUUUGGAGAGUCAGUUACCGAUAAAACUGACCGGAAAGUGGCUUUCCAAGCUGAGUGCAUUGCUAAGGGUUUAAGGAAGCUUGGUGUAGAGAAGUGUACUUUGGUUGGGAUGAGUUAUGGAGGGAUGGUUAGUUUCAAGAUGGCUGAGAUGUACCCUGACUUGGUUGAGUCAAUGGUGGGGGUGAAAGAAUUGUUACGUAUUGCAACUUAUAAGUUGCCAAGGUUGCCAGAUUUUGUUUACAAAUCCAUUUUGGAGGUCACGUUCGACAACAGGAAGGAGAGACUUGAACUUCUUCAUGAAUUAGUUGUUAGUGACAAGGAUUUCAUUGUCCCUCAUUUUCCACAGAAAAUACACCUAUUGUGGGGAGGAGAUGACGUAAUUUUCAACAUGGAAGAAGCUCGCAACUUGAAAGAGCAACUUGAAGGCAAAGCAACGUUGCAAUACAUAGAGAAUGCAGGCCACCUGGUUCAAUCCGAGCGACCUUUUGCCUACAAUAAACAACUGAAGAAAAUUCUUGUUUCUUUGCACGAGGGUAGGAAGAAAGAACAGUAG